AUGGAGGCACUUGGAGGCUUCGGUGCUGCGUCUCUUUCUCCUCCACCUCCCCAUUAUUCCACCAUUCUUCAGACUCCACCAUGGAAAUCUCUGCCGCAAAGAAUUGGACAGCCUCGACUGUGGAGUCCAUUGUUGUGUAUAAGCAAAAAUGGUAUUGAUAGGCCAAGAAGUUGCAAUCUAGUUGGAAAUUAUGAGGGAAAUUCCAAAGUCAAUUUCUUACUUCAGCCAAUGGCAAGGCUCAAUAAAAGCUUGUCAUUUCGGUGUGGUUUGUUUUCAGUAAGUUAUGGAUUGCGUCCUAAAUUGAGGAAAUAUUCUGCCAGUCUUCAGAAAGAAUUAAAUUGUUCAGAAAAGUUUAAGCAUCAUGUCUCUGUUCAUUUUGUCCGAUUGGUUGUUGGAGUGAUGCUGGUUAUGUCAGUUUCUGUUGGCGUUAGUAGGACACCCUCCUGGGCCCUUACUGAAGAAAAUCUCCUUUUCUUAGAGGCAUGGAGGACAAUUGACCGUGCAUAUGUUGACAAAACAUUUAAUGGUCAAAGUUGGUUUCGCUACAGAGAAAAUGCACUGCGUAAUGAACCAAUGAAUACACGAGAAGAGACAUAUAUGGCAAUAAAGAAGAUGCUUGCCACACUUGAUGAUCCUUUCACUCGCUUUCUGGAGCCUGACAAAUUUAAGAGUUUGCGGUCUGGAACUCAAGGUGCUCUUACAGGUGUAGGGUUGUCAAUUGGAUACCCUACUGGAUUUGAUGGAUCACCUGCUGGGCUUCUUGUUAUUUCAGCAACUCCAGGAGGUCCUGCAAGUAGAGCUGGCAUUUUGUCUGGGGAUGUUAUCCUUACAAUUGAUGGUACAAGUACAGAAACCAUGGGAAUAUAUGAUGCAGCAGAGCGCUUGCAGGGACCUGAAGGAAGUUCAGUGGAAUUAACCAUCCGUAGUGGACCUGAAGUAAAGCGCCUAUCAUUGAUGCGAGAGAGAGUUUCAUUGAACCCAGUAAAGUCAAGACUAUGCAAGAUGCCUGGUUUAGGCAAGGAUUCCCCUAAGAUUGGUUAUAUCAAACUAGCAUCAUUCAACCAGAAUGCUUCUGGUGCUGUCAAGGAAGCGAUUGAAUCUUUAAGGAGCAAUGAUGUGAAUGCCUUUGUUUUGGACCUCCGAGAUAAUAGUGGUGGCCUUUUCCCAGAGGGAGUUGAGAUUGCUAAGAUUUGGUUGGAAAAAGGUGUAAUUGUGUAUAUUUGUGAUGGUCGUGGUAUUCGUGAUAUAUAUGACACAGAUGGAAGCAGUGUAGUGGCAGCUUCAGAACCUCUGGCUGUGCUGGUGAACAAAGGAACUGCAAGUGCUAGUGAAAUAUUAGCUGGAGCAUUGAAAGACAAUAAACGUGCAGUGUUGUUUGGAGAACCCACAUUUGGAAAAGGCAAGAUCCAGUCGGUUUUUGAGCUAUCAGAUGGUUCGGGCUUGGCCGUUACAGUAGCUCGUUAUGAGACACCUGCUCACAUUGAUAUUGACAAGGUUGGCAUCGCUCCAGACCAUCCUCUUCCAACUCCAUUUCCCAAGGAUGCUGAGGGUUUUUGUGGCUGCCUCAUGGACCCUACUUCUGCUUGCUAUCUCAACAGGGUUCAGCUUUUUUCAAGAUGACAGAAUCCUCAGUUGUGACUUACCAUUCAUUUUUUGGGCUCAUUGUUUCCAUUAAGUGUACAUUUUCACCCACAAAUGUUUGAGAAGAUUUUGGAAAAAGAAAGGACAAGACCAAUCGCCUUUUUUCAUCUGUAUUAUUGGGUGUUCAUUAUUACUCCAAAAAAUGUUCCUGGAUUUUGGAGAAAAAAAAAAAAGGGGACCUUUUAGUCUGUACGGUAUCGUUUGUUCUUGAUAUAAAAUUCAUGAAAGAAUUUUCAAGCUUCA